AUGGAGACCGUCAAGAACGCCGCCAACUAUGUCGCUGAGACCGUCCAGGGUACUGGCGCCGAGGCUUCCAAGGAGGCCAACAAGAACGUCGCCAAGAGCGACGAGGCCAAGAUCUCCACCCGUGCCAGUGCCGCCAAGGACGCCCUUGUUGACAAGAAGGACGAGGUCUCCCACAACACCAAGGCCGAUGUCCACAAGGAGGCCGCUAAGCAGUAA